AUGAAGCAUUUUCUGGUUUCUUUAUGUCUACUGGGAACAUUUCUGCAUGCCUUGGCUCAAUGCACUGUCCCAGCCUCAGCAUUUCAGCUGGAAGGAGAUUAUUUGUUAGGAGGACUUUUUGAUAUCCAUUAUGUCAGUGACUCUGUUUAUCAUGACAGACCAGAAGCCAUCGACUGCUCCAGUCAAACCUUCCUUCUCACAAAUUAUCGAAAGUUUCAGUUGAUGAGAUUCUCUGUGGAGGAAAUCAAUAACUCUACCAACCUCCUGCCAAAUGUUUCUCUCGGCUAUGAGAUAUUUGACCACUGCUCAGAUAUGUACACAUUUCCAAAUGUUUUCCCACUAAUCUCAGUUGAUGGCUUGAUCCAACCAUGGGAUGAACCACAUGAUCAUCAAGCACAUAAGAUCAAUGUGUCAAGUGUGAUGGCAGUGGUCGGUCCUAUGUCAAGCACUCAGACCCUGACUUUAGCCCCACUGUUCAUGGUGGACUUCAUUCCUAUGGUCAGUUAUGGAGCUUCUAGUUCUGUCUUGUCAAUGAAGCAGAAUUUUCCCUCUUUUGUUAGAACAGUGCAUCCUAAUAAAGAAGCCAUAGAAGUGAUUUUUAACAUCUUGCAGCACUUCAACUGGCGCUGGGUUGCUUUCCUUAACAGUGAUAAUGACUAUGGCAUAGAUGGCCAGGAUUUAUUCAUAAAGAGGAUUAAGGACACUGAGAUCUGCCUGGCGUACACUAAAACCCUCAAUCAAUAUACAGAGUACUCCCAUGUAUUCAAACAGAUAGAGGCACAGAAUAUCACCACUAUUAUUGUUUUUGCUCCAAAAAUGUUUGCUGAAGUUCUCAUUGAGUCAGCAAUACGACUAAAUGUCAGCAAAAAGGUGUGGAUAGCAGUUGAGGCAUGGUCCUUAAACAAGAUACUUUCCAAGAAGAAAGGAAUCAAAAAUAUUGGGACUGUAAUUGGAGUAUCUCAGCCAGUUCUGGAAAUACCUGGUUUCAGUGAUUUUGUCCACUCUUCCAAAAGCCAGACUCACUGUGAAAAUGCAGGACAGCAGGAGUUUUGUAAUCAGAUUUGCAACUGCAGCAGCCUGAGUGCAGAAGAAAUCCUUGCUGUGGACCCAUCUUACUCUUUUCCUGUUUAUUCUGCUGUAUAUGCCAUCGCUCAUGCCUUACACAAUGCCUUGCAAUGUGGAGUUGAUAAAUGUAACGGAAAUAUUCCAGUGUCUCCACAAAUGGUUCUCGCAGAGCUGAAGAAGUCAAAUUUUACACUUUUAAACCAGAGUAUUUGGUUUGAUGAAUAUGGUGACCCCAACUACGGAUCCUAUUCUAUAGUUUUCUGGAACCACGAAGGUGAUGCAGAGAAGAUUGGUUUUUAUCAUUUUUAUCCAUGGGUCAGGUUUUCCAUCAACAACACCAAAAUUCACUGGUUCACAAAGGGAGAGGUGCCUACUUCACUGUGUUCUGCAGAAUGUCCUGUUGGACAUGCAAAAAAGCAAGACGGAAUCCACAAAUGCUGCUUUGAUUGUGAAAUGUGUUCUACUGGAACUUAUGUCAACAGUACGGAAUUUCAGCUGAAAGGAGAUUAUUCGUUAGGAGGACUUUUUGAUAUCCAUUAUGUCAGUGACUCUGUUUAUCAUGACAGACCAGAAGCCAUCGACUGCUCCAGUCAACCCUUCUAUCUCACAAGUUAUCGAAAGUUUCAGUUGAUGAGAUUCUCUGUGGAGGAAAUCAAUAACUCUACCAACCUCCUGCCAAAUGUUUCUCUCGGCUAUGAGAUAUUUGACCACUGCUCAGAUGUGCACAGUUUUCCAAAUGUUCUCAAAUUCAUCUCAGUCAAUGGCUUGAUCCAACCUUGGGGUGAACCACAAGAUCAACAAGCACAAAAGUCCAUUGUGUCAAAAGUGAUGGCAGUGGUCGGUGCUUUUACAAGCUCUCAGACCCUGACUUUAGCCCCACUGUUAAUGUCAGACUUCAUUCCCUUGGUCAGUUAUGGAGCUUCUAGUUCUGUCUUGUCAAUGAAGCAGAAUUUUCCCUCUUUUGUCAGAACAGUGCAUCCUAAUAAAGAAGCCAUAGACGUGAUUUUUAACAUCUUGCAGCACUUCAACUGGCGCUGGGUUGCUUUCCUUAACAGUGAUAAUAAUUAUGGCAUAGAUGGCCAGGAUUUAUUCAUAAAGAGGAUUAAGGACACUGAGAUCUGCCUGGCGUACACUAAAACCCUCAAUCAAUAUACAGAGUACUCCCAUGUAUUCAAACAGAUAGAGGCACAGAAUAUCACCACUAUUAUUGUUUUUGCUCCAAAACUUUUUGCUGAAGCUCUCAUUGAGUCAGCAAUACGACUAAAUGUCAGCAAAAAGGUGUGGAUAGCAGAUGAGGGAUGGUCCUUAAAUAAGGUACUUCCCAAAAAGAAAGGAAUCAAAAAUAUUGGGACUGUAAUUGGAGUAUCUCAGCCAGUUCUGGAAAUACCUGGUUUCAGUGAUUUUGUCCACUCUUCCAAAAGCCAGACUCACUGUGAAAAUGCAGGACAGCAGGAGUUUUGUAAUCAGAUUUGCAACUGCAGCAGCCUGAGUGCAGAAGAAAUCCUUGCUGCGGACCCAUCUUUUUCUUUUCCCAUUUAUUCUGCUGUAUAUGCCAUCGCUCAUGCCUUACACAAUGCCUUGCAAUGCGGAAUGAAUAAUUGUAACGGCAAUAUUACAGUGUAUCCACAAAUGGUUCUAGCAGAGCUGAAGAAGUCAAACUUUACACUUUUAAACCAGAGAAUUCAGUUUGAUGUGAAUGGUGACCCCAACUACGGAUCUUAUUCUAUAGUUUUCUGGAACCACGAAGGUGAUGCAGAGAACAUUGGUUUUUAUGAUUUUUAUCCAUGGGUCAGGUUUUCCAUCAACAACACCGACAUUCAGUGGUUCACAAAGGGAGAAGUGCCUACUUCGCUGUGUUCUGCAGAAUGUCCUGUUGGACAUGCAAAAAAGGAAGAUGGAAUCCACAAAUGCUGCUUUGAUUGUGAAAUGUGUUCUGCUGGAACUUAUGUCAACAGCACAGAAGAUCCCUCCACAUGCAUUGCCUGCAAAGAGACAGAAUGGUCUACAGACGGAAGUACAUCCUGCAAUCUGCGGGUGGUGGAGUACAUCCCAUUCACACACAGAGGGGCUAUACUGAUCAUGGCCGGAGUUUUGGUCUUGGUCUGCCUCACACUAGCCAUUUCUGCUCUUUUUGCCAUCAACUACAACACACCUGUUGUCAGAUCUGCUGGGGGACCAAUGUGCUUCUUAAUUUUAGGCUGCCUCAGUUUAUGUAGUCUCAGUGUAUUCUUUUACUUUGGGAAGCCAACAAUUUCCUUUUGUAUCUUAAGGUUCUUACCAUUUCUCCUGUUCUACACUGUUUGUUUAGCAUGUUUUGUUGUGCGCUCUUUUCAAAUUGUUUGUAUUUUUAAAAUGGCUGCCAAGUUCCCUAAGCUUCACAGUUGGUGGGUGAAAUAUCAUGGACAAUGGCUGGUCAUCACUGUGGCAUUUGCUACCCAGGCACUCUUACUUCUUAUUGGCUAUAUCUGUGCCCCUCCCAAGCCUUACAAUGAGACAAUUUGGUUACCAGAUAGAAUCAUACUUGGUUGUGACAUUAAUCCCAUAGCAUCAUCUGGUCCUGGAGUUUUACUUGUAUUCUUGUGCUCUCUUUGCUUUAUUUUCUCCUACAUGGGGAAAGACCUCCCCAAAAAUUACAAUGAGGCCAAAGCAAUAACCUUCUGCCUGCUCCUGCUGAUCUUCACCUGGAUCAUCUUUGCCACUGUGUACUUGCUUUACCAGGGCAAAUACAUCGCAACACUAAACGCUCUGGCUGUACUCUUCAGCCUCUACUCCUUUCUGUUAUGGUAUUUCCUUCCCAAGUGCUACAUCAUCAUUUUGCAACCCCACAAAAACACACAGGAGUAUUUUCAGGGUCUCAUUCAGAGUUAUACCAAAACAAUUAGCCAGUAG